UCUCUGUGCCUCACACUGUCUGGGGCACAAGGUGAGGGGACCAGUUUAUCUGACUGUCAGCUUGACACCUGCUCUUUAUCAGAGAGAUGGCUGUGCUGAAGGAGAAACUGGAAACCAUGGACCAGAAACUAGGAGCUGUGGCGACCAGGCUACAAGUCAGCGAGAGCCAGGUGGACGAACUGAAGCGUGCGAACAAAGCUCAAGAAGAACAACUGAAGAUAUUAAAGAAGGACAUAGCCGCUGGUCAGCCAAAGGUGGCCUUCUCCGCAGCUCUAAGAACGUCUGGUUCUGGUUUCAUCGGACCCUUCACCACUGACACACCCUUGCAGUACAAAAGAGUAUUCUCCAACUUCGGCAGUGGAUACAACCCUGCUACAGGUGUCUUCACAGCCAUGGUCAGAGGAGUGUACUAUUUCCGCUACACCAUGUUCUACAUUGGAAGCCCCAACGCUGUUGUGGCUUUGUUUAAGAACAGUGAGAAGCUCGUGUCCACAUGGAACGUCAAUUCAGGAAGUCAAGAAGAUUCCUCCAGCAACGCUGCCAUAGUGCAGCUGGAGGUGGGAUACAAUGUCUAUGCCCAGCUCUCCGCUAACAGGAGAGUCUACGAAGAUGCUGGAAACUACAACACCUUCAGUGGGUUUCUACUCUUCACCAACUAAUAUUAAAUAACAGGUUUACAGUUCAUUUGGCUGUAAACAACAGAAGGGUUUUCAGAAAUUAUAUCACAACUGUAUGAAAGUAAAAUGAAAUAAAAAAAGUUUACAAAAAUAAA